AUGGCUUCUUACGCAGAUCCACCGGUCCAAGACCGCUGGGACUCGCACGACUUCGAUGGCGAUCCUGAUCGCUAUCAGUGCCUUUACAACAUGUCAGACGAAUUUGACUUGGAUGCUUGGGCGACUCCUGAUCCUCGGGUUACGACUUUGGUCGACAUGGGAGACACCUUUGCUUCGGAGAUGGGAAUGCCUAACUCUACCCCAGUCGAAUUCGAGAAAACGGACUCCCCUAUUGAUGGAGGCAGCUCCGACGAUGGAGGAUAUCCACCACCACCACUGUUGACGUUCACAAGACGCCGACGCCCACCUGUGCAGUUGUUACUUCGCAAGGUUGGCCAAGGACCUGAGUACGUCGUAAAACUUCUCGAUCGGCCAUCUGAACUUGAUAGCGCCCGUCCACAAGAAUUCACACAAACGCAACCAUUCGUAAAUCAGCUAGCUCAGCAAAUCGCCGAGUCAACCACCCUUUACCAACACGACCCUUACUACCAGCAACUUUCAACUCCUGAAACGGAGUUUUACGACCUGUCUGCUGCAACGAUCCCCGUUGGCAGACUUUCAAGCGAGAACACUACACACCACCCCGGGUUCCCCCCCUCAGUCGCAGUUAUGGCGGUCACUACCACAGGCUGGCCCUACGGGGCCCAGCCGGUACGUGCUGCACCCGAUGCCAUGAACGACAGCAUGUAUCAAAACUCGCCUUUCUCCGAGCUCUAUGAGACUCCGGACGAGGGCGACGAUUGGGCUAUGCUCAUGCAGCAGGACAUGCUCGCUACUGGCGAUUACGACAUGACCACCUUCGACCUUUCCGCCAUUGAACCAACUUACCAAACCACCGACUCUCCCCAGGACAUCUUCAACGACCCCGCCGUCCAGUUCGAUGUCGCGCAGAGCCUAGGCCCCGACUUCUUUGACUUCAACGGCCCUCUGCCCGACCUCUCCACCUCAGGCUACCUCUCUGGCGACCAGGUCUCCUCUUAUAUGGGUAGCACGAACACCUCACCCUUCGAGCCUAUCCUCGACUUUUUCCCCGACACCGACCCAUGUUCCAUGUUCCCGGCAAGCACCGACGGCUCGCCCCUCGACACAACUACCUCCUCCCCCGGAUCAGACAACGCAGGCGCCCCUUCCAGCUCCUCUCACCCAUACAGCUGCACCACCGACGGCUGCACAAAGACCUUUGCCAAGGAGGCUCAGCUGAAGCAGCACCAGCGCGUCCACCGCAAGGCCCUCGUCUGCACCAUCUGCCGCGCCGAGCACCGCCACGAGCACAAGUUCGCUCAAGUGCGGGACCUAGAGCGGCACAUGCAGGCGCGCCACAAGGACGUCGCGGAAAAGAACAACGUGCGCUCCGAGAUCCGCCAGUGCCCGCACCAGGGGUGCGAACACCAGGGGAGGCGGGACAAUGUGUCGAGGCACCACAAGAGUAAGCACGGUAAGGAACUCAAGUGGAAGAGGGGCGUCCCUCACGUGGUGGGUUGA